GGACGCGUUUCCUCUCAGCACUUCCGGUUUUAGCAGCUAGCAGCUAGCAUCGUUAGCAGCACGACGCGUGUUGUGCCUGUGUUUGUGUCUGUGUCCGUGACGCCUCGUGUGAUCAACAACAACAACAACAACAACAACAGCUGAGUGCAUCUGUGCGACACGAAGCAGCGCGUGUGUCGUCACGAGGACGAGCCGGAAGUGAAACAUGCUCGUGUUCUGUCGGAAGUUGCAGACGUCGUUCACUCAACAGACGUUGAACCAAACUCUGUCGUUAUGUCGGGCCUCAGCAGCCGUCCAGCUUCCCGUGUGGAACGCGGCUUCGGCAAACGGCAGACAAUAUCACAGCAUGCCGACGCACGGCAUCGGCCGCUGGAAACAUCUGCUGACUAAGACAGUGUCCAAGAAGAAGAAGAAGGAGCGCUACCAGAUGAAGGCCCUGGUGCCGUGGACCGACGUGUCGUACGGGACCCUGAAUGUGACGGUGUCGGGUUACGACAUGACGCUGGUGGAGCACUACGCCCAGCACGUCCAUCAGCUGUGCAACCGCCUCAGCAUCAGAGCGGCGCUGUGCUACGCUCUGCCCACCCGGACCGAGGAGGUGAUGCUGAUGCAGGAGCACGGCACCAAGAUGUACGUGGACGCCGCGCUGCAGACGCACCAGCGGGUCGUCCAGUUGAGCAGCGUGAACACGACGUUGUGUCCCGUCUUCAUGGAGGUUCUGCUGAAGAACCAACCGGAGGGAGUUCAGCUCUCCGUGAAGGAGCACACGGAGGAAGAUUUCCGAUCUCGCUUCAAGGUGCGUCCGGAGCUGCAGGAGCUCAUGGCUCAGAUGAACCAAUGAGAAGCCUUGUUUCUACGUGGCCCCUGACGUCACGGGCCGUCGUCAGGGAAACCCCGUUUGAUUUGGUUGAUGUUUCCUCAGUAUGAAUGGUUUGCAUAGAAAUAACGGCACAUUUCUAUUUGACAUUCUCUUGUGAAAUAUAACCCUGGUUUUCCUUCCCACCUCAAGACAUGAUUCAUAAUUCAUUCUUCAUUUAUUGUUGAAGAUAUCGGACAUACUUGUUCUCAAUUAAAAUGCAUUUGUACAUUAAAA